AUGUCACUAAAAGGUAAGGUUGCUUUGGUUACCGGCGCGUCACGCGGUAUCGGACGCGCGGUAGCCCUUGCCCUCGCCGCAGCCGGCGCUCAAGUGGUCGUCAAUUUUGUGAACCGCCGUGAUGCUGCAAUGGCGGUCAAAAAGGAAAUCCAAGUGCUGGGGCAGGAGAGCUUGCUGGUGCAGGCCGAUGUGGCAGCCAAACAAGACGUGGAGCGGAUGAUUUCGCACGUCCUCGACCAUUUCGGGCAGAUCGAUAUCCUGGUGAAUAACGCCACGUUGCACAGAGGAGGCAAAGUCCAUCGUCUGCCGGAAAGCGAUUGGGAAAGCGUGAUGGAUUCCUGUCUGAGAGGGGCUUUCCAUUGUUGUCAGCAGGUCGUCCCGCACAUGACGGCUCGGCAAAGCGGCCGCAUCAUUAAUGUUUCUUCUAUCGUGGGACGCAUUGGCUGGUCCGGCGACACUGCGUACGGAGCCGCCAAGGCUGGUCUCGUUGGCUUUACCCGUUCACUGGCCAAAGAAGUCGCGCCGUAUGGCAUUACGGCGAACGUCGUCAUGCCUGGGUAUAUUGACACGGAUAUGACGUCCGCACUGACACCGCGCAGCAAGGAACUGAUGGUGUCACGGAUACCCUUGGGGCGGGCCGGCCAACCGGAAGAGGUGGCGGAGGUCGUCAUAUUUCUGGCCUCGCAGGCCGCUUAUGUAACAGGGGCGGUCUAUGUCGUCGAUGGCGGGAUGUCACUUUGA